UAGAAGGCAUUAGAAGACCUGGAUGGGGAGUAAGGACCUUGUGCAUAGAAAACUGCGGCAGCUUCCAAGCCCAGAGAAGGAGGAACAGGAACAGAUUUGGAAAAAGGGAUUGUAAUCACCUUUCCAUCUAAGGAAAAGCUAGGUUUGCUUAAGAAAACAAAGCUAUGAGUCAGCUUUUGCCAAAGGUCUAGUAAGUGGGUGAAAUGGGCCUUUUGCUCCUGAUCUGACCUGUGCUGCAGCUUUCUCUUGUAGCACAGCCUGUUCCCUCCUCUGAAGCUGAUAGGCUCUGGCCUGGGGCCAACCCUUGCCUCCUGCAGUUAAAGGAGAAAGGUCGCCAAACAGGCUGUUUUUUUUUCUUCCCAGAGAUGGCGCUGACCGUCUUUAUCCUCCGGCUGGCAGUCCUCAUCCUGGUACUUCCCCUGUACUUGCUCAACUUUCUGGGCUUGUGGAGCUGGAUCUGCAAAAAAUGCUUCCCCUACUUCUUGGUGAGGUUCAGUGAGAUGUACAACAAACGCAUGGCCAGCAAGAAGCGCGAGCUCUUCAGCAACCUGCGGGACUUCGCCGGCCCUUCCGGGAAGCUCUCUCUGCUGGAGUUGGGCUGUGGCACGGGGGCCAACUUCAAGUUCUAUCCGCCUGGAUGCAUGGUGACCUGUGUUGACCCCAACCCCAACUUUGAGAAGUUCUUGAUCAAGAGCAUUGCUGAGAAUCGACACUUGCAGUUCGAGCGCUUCGUGGUGGCCGCCGGGGAGAACAUGCACCAGGUGGCCGACAACUCCAUGGACGCGGUGGUCUGCACCCUGGUCCUGUGCUCCGUGGAGAGCCAGGAGCGGAUCCUCCAGGAGGUGUGCAGAGUGCUGAGGCCGGGAGGGGCUUUUUAUUUUAUGGAGCAUGUAGCAGCUGAGCAUUCAACCUGGAAUUACUUCUGGCAACAGGUGCUGGACCCGACCUGGUACCUCCUGUUUGACGGGUGCAACCUGACCAGAGAGAGCUGGAAGGCCUUGGAGAAGGCCAGCUUCUCCCAGCUGAAGCUGCAGCACAUACAGGCCCCACUGACCUGGGAGCUGGUGCGCCCUCACAUCUAUGGAUAUGCUGUGAAAUAGUGCGAGCAGGGGAAUGAAUGGCUCGAAUAAUCUGAGGCUUCAGUUUUACACUUAAAAUACUAAUUGGGAGAAGAGAAACCCUUUUUGAGAUAAAGUUGAAUUUCAUCCCAAAAAGUUUACAUUAAACCAUAUUUAGCCAGUUUCUAUUGCCUCCCAAAAAAUAAAAAACAAAACAGCUUUGAACUCUCUUUUAGAAGGAAAUGGUGAGCUUUGAUCAUUGAAGUCUACCACUAUCCCCAAACCUUAGUUUAUUCAGUAACUUCAAAAUGUUUCCAAAUGCCUUAUUUAAAUCGUACCCAACAGAUUUGAAUUUCACCUCCUCUUUGAGAGUGUGGUGAAAUAAGCAGUUAAAUCAUGCAAAAGAAGACUUGGAAAAAGGAGAAAUAAAAAGAUCUUGCUCUGGCUGGUAUAGCUCAGCUCAGUGGAUUGAGUGCAGGCUGUGAACCAAAGGGUCGCUGGUUCGAUUUCCUGUCAAGGCGCAUGCCUAGGUUGCAGGCCAGGUCCCCAGUAGGUGGUGUGCUAGAGGCAACCACGCAUUGAUGUUUCCCUCUUUUUCCCUCCCUUCCCGUUUCUCUAAAAAUAAAUAAAAUCUUAAAAAAAAAAAAGAUCUUAAUGACUCACAAACUGAAUAGAUACACACUAGUUGAAAAUCCAAAUCUAAAUAGCACAGAUUUGUUAAAGAAAUCUGAAUCUAUUUGUUCUCUUAGUGUGGCUGGGCUGACUUUCAAAAUUGAUGUACCAGGAUGUUACCCCUAGUUCUGCCACCUCUGUCACACCUUUCAUUCCUCUGUCCACCCAAGUGUGUUUUUCUGCAUUCCAGUUUUCAAUCCUUUAGAUGAAACUAUAUCAGAAUUAUAUCUGACAAUUUAGUAUGUCCAUGAAACUACCUGAGGCAAUUAAGGUUCUUGGGUUCAUUUUCCUUGUAAUCGUGCAUACACUUCGCUGAAUGCAGUCAACUGGAGGCCAGGAAGAGACCCACUGUAAUCAGGAAGUCUUUGUAUAACUAGGUACAGCUUGUAAGAGUCCCUAAAAACCAGCAAUCUGUGAGUCUGUAAAGAAACAGGUAUUUUUUUGAUUAUUCAGAUGAAAUUUCCACCCCUUUCCCAAGAUGAUGUCUUUGUUCCUAGCAACCAAGUGCUUUCAAAACAAGUGUUGAGUUGAUCAGUCAGAGGGUUUAAGUGUAGGAUUUUCAGCAAUAGUUUACAUGUCUUUUCAUAAAUUUAGUAUAUUUUCUGAGAUGCUUUUGCAAAAGGACUACUUUAAAUAUCAAAUCAAUAAAUUCAUAUGCAUUUUAGGAAUGACAAUAAAAACAAGUGAUUUAU